ACCAAUCGCCAAUCAUGCAUUUUUUGUAGAGCUAAAAGAAAAAGGAAAAAAAAAACAAGAAAGAAAAACAUGGCAGGAAACAAAAUUCCAGAAGUGUUAUUGAAUUCAGGACACAAAAUGCCAGUCAUAGGAAUGGGAACUUCAGUAGACAAUCGUCCAUCAAAUGAUGUUCUUGCUUCAAUCUUUGUUGAUGCAAUCAAAGUUGGUUAUCGCCAUUUUGAUUCUGCUUCUGUGUAUGGAACAGAAGAAGCCAUAGGUAUGGCUGUGGCAAAAGCUUUAGAACAAGGUCUUAUUAAGAGUAGAGAUGAACUUUUCAUCACUUCAAAGCCAUGGAACACUGAUGCAGAUUAUGAUCUUAUUGUUCCAGCUCUCAAAACCACAUUAAAAAAACUGGGAACGGAGUAUGUAGAUCUUUAUCUGAUUCAUUGGCCAGUAAGACUGAGACAUGAUCUUGAAAACCCAGUCAUAUUUACCAAAGAAGAUUUACUUCCCUUUGAUAUAGAAGGGACAUGGAAAGCUAUGGAAGAGUGUUAUAAGUUAGGCUUAGCAAAGUCCAUUGGCAUAUGCAAUUAUGGUACCAAAAAAUUGACUAAACUCUUGGAAACUGCUACCAUCACCCCUGCAGUGAAUCAGGUGGAGAUGAAUCCUUCUUGGCAGCAAGGGAAACUGAGGGAAUUUUGCAAGGAGAAAGGAAUUCAUGUUAGUGCUUGGUCAGCUCUUGGAGCUUAUAAGGUUACUUGGGGUUCAGGAGCUGUCGUGGAGAAUCAAAUUCUUCAAGACAUAGCAGCUGCUAAAGGGAAGACUACAGCUCAGGUUGCACUCAGAUGGGUGUACCAAAUAGGAUCAAGUGCAAUGGCCAAAAGCUUUAACAAGGAGAGGAUGACACAAAACCUUGAAAUAUUUGAUUUUGAGCUGAGUGAAGAUGAUUUGGAGAAGAUUAAGCAGAUUCCACAACGCAGGCAAUACUUAGGUGAUAUGUGGCUAUCGGAAAAUGGAUCUUGCAAGACCUUAGAAGAACUUUGGGAUGGAGAUGUUUGAAAAUUUCCUCUUAAGUCCUAACUAUAUUAAAGGAAAAUAAAGUUCAUGAUUUGAAAAUUAUUAUGUAUCAGCUUUUCUUAUUUCACAAGUGUCCUUGUUUGAGACCUUGAGUUGACCAAGAAUGUUAGUGUGACAUUCAUAUAUGUAGCCUCAGUUAUGUGGCUCUGCAUAAUUUGUUCCAACUUCAAAUAAAGAAAAGUUUUAUUCUCAA